CACACUUCAGCUCAGCAGGUGGCGGUAAUACACCUAAAGUUGUUUGCCAACUGCCAUUAAGUAUAAGAGGAAGAAGACGAAGAAUUUGUAGGGAUGGUAGUUUGAUCGUGGGACAAGCUAUUUUUGUGUUAAGUGUUUAUUUUUUCCCGCUAUGGACUUCAAUGUUAAGCGGUUAGCCGCAGACGCCGGUACAUUAUUGAGCCGCGCGGUACAAUUCACAGAAGAGAAACUUGGCCAAGCUGAAAAGACAGAGUUGGAUGCUCAUUUGGAGAAUCUCUUGGUCAGAGCUGAGAACACCAAGCACUGGACAGAGAGGAUCAUGAAACAGACAGAAGUCUUACUACAGCCUAACCCAAAUGUCCGGCUAGAAGAAUUUGUGUAUGAGAAACUGGAGAAAAAAGCUCCUACACGAAUGAACAACCAUGAGCUGCUGGGUCAGUCCAUGAUUGACUCAGGAAAUGAAUUUGGUCCUGGAACUGCCUAUGGAAACGCUCUCAUAAAAUGUGGUGAGACAGAGAAGCAAAUUGGUGGGGCAGAGCGGGAGUUCAUUCAGAGUACUGCCAUCAACUUCCUGACACCUCUCAGAAACUUUCUAGAGGGUGACUUCAAAACCAUCAUGAAAGAAAGAAAACUUCUGCAGGUUAAGCGCCUGGAUCUGGAUGCAGCUAAAACCAGGCUAAAGAAAGCAAGGCUGGCUGAUGCAAGAGCAGCGGCAGAGCAGGAGUUGAGGAUGACCCAGAGUGAGUUCGACCGGCAGGCAGAGAUCACCCGGUUGCUGCUAGAAGGCGUCAACAGCACCCAUGCACACCAUCUACGCUGCUUGAAUGACUUUGUGGAGGCCCAGACUACAUACUAUGCACAGUGUUACCAGUACAUGGUGGAUCUCCAAAAGCAACUGGGCAGUUUCCCCUCAUCAUUCUCCAACAACAACCAAUCAGCCGCGUCAGGUGGUACUAGCAUCUCAGUGCCCACCAUCCCAGUUUCAGCCUCCCUGCUCAGUGUCUCUUCAGGCCAUGGCAGCUCUGCAGCUUCAGCCGGAUUCAGUGAACUGCGUAGCUCCAAUGGAAGCCGCAAAGCCAGAGUCCUCUAUGACUAUGACGCUGCCAGCAGCAAUGAGCUUUCCCUGCUGGCUGAUGAGGUGAUAACCGUCAGCAGCGUCUCAGGCAUGGAUUCGGACUGGUUGAUGGGUGAGCGAGGCAGUCAGAAGGGCAAAGUGCCAAUCACCUACCUGGAGCUGCUUAACUGAGGCCCCACAGCUCCCCCUUCAGCUCCCUGCAGCCGACUGUGAUUACAUAUUUAUAUUGUGUUGCUGGUGUAGCCCUCACUUUUCAUUACAUAGGAGGAGUUUUAUUUGUAUGACAAGAGGAUGGAGCGUCAUUGUUUUAGGAAACUUAAGCUGUAGUGAAUAUAGUGAGCAAAAAACAUGGAGUCUGUGUCUUUGCAACUGCAGUACAUUUUUUAAAACCUGCUUAAUUUGCCUUUGUGGUUCAUGCCAUGCAGUCUUCAGUAUAUGACAGAACAUCUCCCAAAGUGUAACUCUUUAAAAAAGGUUUUGUUUAAUAUAUAUAUCUCAGGUGGUGACCUAGAAGUUUUUUUUGUUCCCUCACUGCUAAUUCAAGUUUUCCAAGUAUUAUUACUGUAGAUCAUUUUAAUGGCAGAAAUGACCUCCAAGUUUAAGUGCAUAGUGAUGAUGAUUGUAUUUAAAACAUUAUUUUAUAAUUGAUAAUCUUAUGGUUUGGUAGCUGUAAUGGAUAGCUUAAACAUGGAUCUCUUUUUUUAAAUGUUAUAUAUUGUGCAUCAGUUUCAUUCACAUGGAGUUUCAUUGCACAGUGGGUUAAACACAUUGUACAUUUUACUGAAGUUGGAGCCUCCUGAUUACCAAGCGGUCAUUAAACCCGCAUGUCAAACAUAUUUUCUAGCCAUGACAGUUAAUCAGCCUUUCCAGUUUGCACCUAGAGAUUUAAAAGUUUUGAUAUCAUUCUUCAGGUUUUCCUAAGCAUUUCAAAUCCAAAUUGGAAACAAAACUUUUGUUACAUUAUGGGAAGUAUAUUACCAUGCUGCUGCCUUUUGUUUUUGUGCAACUGUUAGCAUUCAACUAAAAUAAAUCUACAAUGUGGUGCUUUAACAUAA